UUCACGCCACCUACAACGCAGAAAAUGGAGACAAUUAAAAUUUGCUUACGAAAAAUGCAACAUCAUUAUUCACCGUUGAAGAAACUGGAGAAUUUACUGCGAGUGAUAUUUUUGGCAAUUGGUAGGCACAAUCCGAGUGAUAUGGAAAAUUACGACCCGAUUAGCAUCGAAAGCAAUAAAAUUAAAUCUUUGCCUCCUGCUGAUGAACUGGUGCGAUGGUUAGUAUACUUAUUAGCACGUACAUCAACGGUUGGAUGUGAAGUUGAAGCGUGGUACAUGUGGGAACUGCUCCCAAAACAGUUGCUCACUACUGGUGAUUCCAGUUACUACCUCAUUACUCUUUUUUCCGCUAUUGAUGUACUGAAAAAUACCGAAAGCAUUCGAAAGUUGGGCCAGGUGGAUGACUCUUCAAUAACGGAAGAUGGGUCGUACUGUUCUUCAUUAGGUAGUGUUAGUCCAGUACUUUCAUCAUCAUCAGAUGCUUUUGUGAAGGUAGCCGUACCGGAUGAACUGGAUGGUUCUAUCCGAUACCACACAUUUCCUGGUGUUCCCCAAAUGACUGCUGGAAAGUUAUGUCGCGUUAUUGCACAUCAGUUUGGCAUUACAAAUCCUGAAGAUCAUGGAUUGUAUCUUCUAGUGGACGGUUACGAAACAUGUCUUUUGGCAAACGAAUGCCCUGAUUUAAUUCGUCAUCAAUUGAAGCAGGCACAUAAAGCGCAUCUGUUUGCUUAUAAACGACAUGAAGCGAAAAUAGCUUGGCCUAAAUUUGCAGUAUCCUCUCUUUCUUGA